UAUGCAGGGGGAGGAGUGUCAACGGACGCCAAACUGAAUUCAAAUGCAGCCAAAUAAUUGUAGAGAGAGAGAGACGAGAGGAAGUACCCGAGAGGAAGAGAGAGGGGGAGAGCAUCUUUCAAGUUUCAACAAUAAUUUAGAGCUUUGGGGUGUGUUGUUAUAAACUAGUAGUAUAGUAUUACUCCUGUUUUUUCCCCUCCAAUGAAUGAAAUGAAAUGAUGAGGUGUGGAGUGUUGGUGUGUUCACUUUCUCUCUCUAGUUUCCCGGCGGGAGAAGAGGAAUUUGAAGAGUAGAAGAAUGAAAUUUCUCUGCUUCUACGAAACAAACUGUAUCUCUACUAAGUUACCUCUCUUCUGAACCAAACACUAAUUAAUUUAGUUUUACCUUUUAUUCAAUCUUCCUAAAACAUCCCACCUCCUCCUCCUCCUCCAUUGCUCUCUCUCUCUCUCAUAAUUCAACUAUAAUUUGGGGCUCUCUUUUCUUUCUUUUGUCCUUUUCUCUAUCUACUCAAUUUUCUCUCUCUACUUGUCGGGAGUAGGCGAUCUUCAUAUGCUCUGUCUCUGGUACUCUCUCUCUAUUAAAUCUACAGGAACGUUGUUAAAUGGAGCAGCAUUCAAAUAAUUCUGUUUUAGGUGAUUCAGAAGGUCCAUCUAUAAUACCAUCAGCUAAUGUUUAUAGAGAAGUGGGAAGUCCAUGGAGGAUCCCACUUGGAACUGAUGCAUAUCAUGCAUCAACUGAUGCAAGCUUGUUUUCUAGCUCAUUGCCUGUCCUUCCCCACGAGAAGUUAAACUUUACUGACUCGAAGCAUUGUGGUCUGUCUAUUGAUGAUGGCUUGCCUAACUUAAAUAAAAUUCUACAAAAAGAAGACAGUAAGGAUCCGCUUGAAGAUAUUGAGCUAAAUGUGAUUGGAAGUAUGCUUCCUGGGGAUGAAAACGAGCUGUUAGCUGGCAUAAUGGAUGAUUUUGACCUAACUGGGUUGCCUACACAACUGGAAGAUUUGGAAGAUGAUCUCUUUGGCAGUGGAGGCGGGAUGGAAUUGGAUUUUGAACCCCAAGAGAGCCAAAGCUUUUGUAUAUCAAAGUUAAGUAUAUCUGACAGUGUUGCUGGAAAUGGAAUUGGUGUUUAUGGUAUUACAAAUGGCACGGGAACAGUUGUUGGAGAACAUCCAUAUGGAGAACAUCCUUCGAGGACAUUAUUUGUUCGGAAUAUCAAUAGUAAUGUAGAAGACUCAGAGCUAAGAUCUCUCUUUGAGCAAUAUGGGGACAUCAGAACUCUUUAUACUGCAUGCAAGCAUAGGGGCUUUGUGAUGAUAUCUUACUAUGAUAUCCGAGCUGCUCGAACUGCAAUGCGUGCAUUACAAAAUAAGCCCUUGAGACGAAGAAAACUUGAUAUACACUUUUCAAUCCCUAAGGUUUGUACUAAGAUUUCUGCUUGUGUGACACUGUUUGACGUUGUUGAUUACUCUAACAUCUGCCUUUUGUAUUAUGUUCCAAGCUAUUUUCAGGAUAACCCUUCAGAAAAGGAUAUUAACCAAGGAACUCUUGUAGUGUUCAAUUUAGACGCAUCAGUAUCGAAUGAUGACCUUCGCCAAAUAUUUGGGGCAUAUGGGGAGGUCAAAGAGAUCAGGGAAACACCACACAAACGACAUCAUAAAUUCAUCGAGUUUUAUGAUGUUAGAGCUGCAGAGGCAGCUCUCAAAGCUUUGAAUAGGAGUGACAUAGCUGGGAAACGAAUAAAGCUUGAACCUAGCCGGCCCGGUGGAGCCCGUCGAAACUUGAUGCAGCAAUUGAGUCAAGAGCUGGAACAAGAUGAAGCUCUAAUUUUUCGACAUCAAAUAAGCUCACCGCUUACCAACUCUCCUCCAGGUACCUGGCCACAUUUUAGCAGCCCAGUUGAAAACAAUACUCUGCAAGGUUUUAGUCAGUCACCGGGUUUGGGAACUCUCAGUCCAAUGAAAAAUAACAAUUUGUCUGGACUUGCUUCUAUUCUACCACCUAAUGUUUCAAACUCUUUGAAGAUUGCACCAAUUGGUAAAGAACAAGCACGGGUCAGCCAUGUGAACCAGGUAAUUGGUAAUGCGAAAUCAGCACAAGGAGCUGCUAUUGAGCAUUCCCAGUCCCUUCCUGAGCAGAAACUGGGUGCAAGUCCUGGACCUGUAUCUUCAUUUGGUGAAUCAAAUUCUAAUUCAUCUGGUAUUGGGACAUUGUCUGGACCUCAGUUUCUUUGGGGGAGUCCGACUCCUUACUCUGAGAAGGUCAAUUCUUCUGCUUGGCCGCCAUCAUCAUUGGGGCAUCCAUUUGCUUCCACCACUGGACAGAGACAAGGUUAUCCAUACUCCAAUCGACACGGGUCAUUCCUUGGUUCACACCACCAUCAUGUGGGAUCUGCUCCCUCUGGUGUCCCUCUUGACAGGCAUUUUGGUUAUUUCCCAGAGUCACCAGAUACAUCCUUCAUGAGUCCAGUUGCUUUUGGGAGUACGAAUUUAAGCUGCAACAGCGGAGGUUAUAUGAUUAAUAUGGGUGCUCGUGCAGCUAUGAGUGUUGGCGUUGCUCUUCCAGGAAACAUGUCUGAAAGUGGUUCACCGAGUUCCAGAAUGAUGCCAUUGCUGAGGAAUGGUCCUAUGCUUUUUGGGAAUGGUUCGUUUCAAGGAAUUGGAGCAACCAGCAAUGAGGGGUUGGCUGAGCGUGGUCGAAGUCGGCGUGUUGAGUACAGUAUCAACAAGAUAGACGGCAAGCAAUAUCAGCUUGAUUUGGACAAGAUCAUCUGCGGAGAAGAUACUAGGACUACUUUAAUGAUUAAAAACAUCCCCAAUAAGUACACUUCAAAGAUGUUGCUGGCAGCUAUUGAUGAAAAUCAUAGGGGUACUUAUGAUUUUCUCUAUCUGCCAAUUGAUUUUAAGAACAAAUGCAACGUGGGUUAUGCCUUCAUCAAUAUGGUGUCUCCUUCACACAUUAUCUCCUUCUAUCAGGCACUCAAUGGAAAGAAGUGGGAAAAGUUUAAUAGCGAAAAAGUUGCUUCCUUGGCAUAUGCACGAAUCCAGGGCAAGGCAGCUCUUGUAGCACACUUCCAGAAUUCAAGCCUAAUGAAUGAAGAUAAGCGGUGUCGCCCUAUUCUCUUCCAGUCGGAGGGCCAAGAGAAUGGUAAUCAGGAGUUACUCCCCUCCAGCAUUUUGAACAUCUGUAUUCGUCAGCCAGAUGGGUCUUACUCUGGGGAUUCACUCGAAAGCCCAAAGGGUUGUUAUCUGGAUGAGAAGCCAGAGAAUAAAUAAAUAAAUAAAUAUGCAUUGGAACUAGCUUUCUCUCGACUGCAAGACACUGGUGGCUGUAAGUAGUGCUAACUUCUGCAUAUGCAUGUAUAUAAACAUAAAUGAGAACCAUGAACUCGCACAUGGUCGCUUCAAUUAUUGGCAGUGUCCGCAUUUGGGUGAUGGAUACUCCAUAGUGCUUAUUACUACUACUACUACUACUACACAAGAAAGUUUCAAAAGGAAAGAGGCAGGGAGCAUUUUGUUCAUAUGGUAGAGCAAACAGUUGAUAUUCUAACAAAGGGAUGAGAAAUAAGGUGAGGCAUACAGCUGACAAGUGAAGUCUCUCUGCUAACAAAUGUGUUGCUGCUCACCACUUUACCCAUGACCUCUCUCACUUUAGAUUUUGCUUUAUGCUUGUCUUUCUUUCAGUUAUUAUCUGCUAUGGAUUUUGCUUUAUAGUUGUCUUUCAGAGGUACAUUCCUAUGGGAUGGGGAUGUUUUAAAAAAUGUAUAGAAUAGAGACGAAUGGGACCAUGCAUAUUUGUCUCGUAUAUGGUCAGCGUUGUUGCCAUGGACCUAUGGAAAUUGUGUAUUUGGUAUAUGGUUGUAUAGGUGUAUAAAUUAUUCUCUCUCUCUAUAUA